AGCAUGGGCGGAGAGAAAUUAAAUCAUACUAAUCCGUUCAGAGUAGAGCCACUGCCUCAAGAAUCAGCGGACGAAGGGGUGGCUUCCAUAAUCGCUACAACAACACGCAAGUGCCCCAGCCGUUGUGAGAAACGCGAAGCCUUCCUCCGUCAGGCACUGGCGGAUAAACAAGCCACACUUGUACGCCUUCAUGAAUAUGAAAUACUGGUAAAAGAGCUCGCAGAGGCGAUCGACAAGAUCACAGAAGAAAAAGAUGACAGCGCGAGACGAUCUGAUGGGCAUCUGGGCCCGAGGGGAGACCAAAGAGCAUCAAGAGGUGGAACGAGAGCUCAACGUCUUGCGAAGGCGCAUGGCCAAACUCUGUCGACGUAUCCGAACACGGCAGGUGGAGAGCGAACGAGGAGCUCUACACCGCGUCCAUGGAUCUGACAAUAAUGAGAGCCAGGGCGCAGCUACCAGUGCUUCCGAAGGAACAUCCCAAGAUGGCGAGCACGUCGGGAUGCGGCACGAAGAACGACGGGAGGAGGUCUGGCACCCACGGUCACAGCUCCCGGGGCAGGAGCAAGACCAAAGGCAUCAUGAAAAACCGCACGUCCUCCAAAACGAGAUCCGGGACUUAAAAGAUAAUCUACAGGUUGCACAGGCGCGAUGCGCGAGCCUGGAGUCGGCAGUUUUCGCGGAACGUGGACAGUUGGAAGAAAGUCGCGGCGAUGUCCGCGAAGCGAUGGAACGCGUCACGGAAUUAGAAAAGCAGAUUCAGCGGGCUCAGGAGUCCGAGAAAGCGAUCAAGGAGGAGACGCGAGAAGAGAUGGAAGCUCUGGAGUUCACAAAUCACGACUUAUCCCGGGAGGUGAUGACUUUGGAGGCGUCGCUCGAAGAAGCGCAGCAGGCGGCUGAGUCGGCGAGAAGCGAGCUUUUUCAACUUCAAGUGGGAAGGGAAGAGGCAGAGCUAAGGACAGAGGCCGAAAAAGAGAAGGUGGAGGAGCUUUCUGUGAUCAAGCUUGCCUUAGCGGGCCAGGUCCGUCGUUUGGAAGAAGAGCAGAGGCAGUGCACGGCCCGCCUCUCCUUGAUGGAGGAGGAGGUUCAGGUUUGGCGGCAGCGCGCGGAGGACGUGUCUGAGUGGGUCGGCGUCAUGUGCAAUGAAACGGAGAAGAAAGAGGCAGGCACGGAGGAGGUUCCCAUCCCAGGGAUCUUGGCAGCCGAGGGGAGGGUACAAACGGAGGAAUAUCAGACGGCAGAGAACGUGCUCAACGUCACGCGGGCCUCAACCGCCGAAGCGAGCACAGCGACCGCGGCCACGAUGACGACCCCCCAAGCUGACAGCCUGCCUCUUCCCUCGAUAAAGAAGACUGGAAAUGCUGGUUCGAAUCGUGUGGAGGCCCUGCUGCAGGAAGAUUUGGCCCUCCGUAAAACGAUCGAAGGGUUGCGAGGAGAGGACACCAAGGCGAAGCUUUCCUGA